AUGGCGGCUUCGAGUCCGCCGCCGCUGGAGAACGAGCUGCUGCGCGACGAGGACUUCGCCGAGCUGUCGCUGGAGCCCGCGGCCGUGGACCGGCUCAUGGGCGGCAAGUGCCUCGUGGAGCAGCUCUCGGCGUCCCAGGGCCGCAAGCGCCGGCGCGCGCCCACGCUCGACCAGGACGUGGAGCUGCAGGACCCCGCCGCGGCCGAGCCCGAGGCCGAGCCGCUCUGCUGCCUCAGCGACGCGCUGCCGCGCACGGCGUCGGCCUCGGCCAUGCGCCUGUGUCACUGCGGCCGCGUGAGCCGCGGCUCCUCGCUGGAUGAGGAGGAGACGGCCAGGCAGGAGGCCUUUGACCCGCACUGCGCGUCGAGAGAGUACCUGGACCUGCACAUCCGCUACGCCGUGGUGGUGCGCGUCGUGCGGGUGGAGAACGUGGAGGGCCACGACCUGUUUGUGCUCAAGGUGUCGGACGCGGAGACGCAGAAGCGCUGGGAGGUCAGGAAGACGCUCAAGGAGAUGAUGCAGUUCUACUCGCAGAUCCAGCAGAUCAGCUUGGCCGACGCACCCGUCAAGAGAGCGCUGUGGGGCACGUUCAGAGGCCUGAGGAGGUUCCGACUGCCCAAGAAAUUCUUCCACUUCCGAGGCUCGCUGAACACGCAGAGACGCGUGGUGUUUGACUCGUUCUUGAGGCAGACGGCGGCGCUCGUGGCGCCUGCGCCCCUUGGACCACGCCGGAGGAAGGCCGUGCUGCUUCUGCAGGAGUUCGUGGGCGUGCACCGCCAUUGUGACGUCUUUGAUCGCGGUGGUUGCAGAUGUUUCCUGCUCAAGAACCAAGUGAACGCGUCGCACUUGGUGGCGGAGAUUUUCGCGGCGCCUAGCCACAAGGUCGCGCGUGCAUGCGAGUCGUUUGUGGCUGCACUCGUGCGCAUGAGUGUUGACGACAAGCACGUGGUCAUGCCGGAGCGUAAGGCGCGGACGUUGCUGAACACCGUGUCGAGGAAGAUGGGUGAGAUCAAGGACGUGAUGCUCAGGGACGAGGUGCUGCUUAGUCAGCUUGCAGUGGCCCGCUCGGAGCGCACAGAGCCGGACUACGACGAGUUCUUGGACGAGAUCAAGCACGCAGUGUGUGGAUUUGUGCAGAAGCGCGUGCUUGUGCCCCUGGAGGACCAUGUUCACGAAGCGCUGCACACGCUUACGGACUGUGACGACGAAGGAGCUUUGAAAAACAAGAUCAAGGUGCUUCAGACCAAGCCUCAGUCCUUUUUCGGCGUGCCGCCGCACAUUGUGGCCGGAUCGGGAAGCGAUUGGGAGGAUGCUCGUCGCGAGCUUCGCCGCGUGAACGACUACGCGCUGCCGCUCGACAAACUCAAGUGCCUGGCUCGUGCUGCGGGGGCUAUUUUCCAGACGUGUGGGUCGUCCCGUUCUCCGUCAUCCGUUGGAACGACUAGCAGCCUCACUUCCGUUGAGGAGCUGGACAUGGUGCUGCGGCCUUCGAUGACCACGGACGAGUUCAUUUCGGUGCACUUGUUCGCGCUGGUCACGAGCAAUAUGUCGCAGCUGUUGAUCACGCGCGAGUUUCUGCGGGUGAUGUGCGACCCUCAAGACAUCACUGGCGAGCUCGGCUACUAUCUCACAACGUUUGAGGUGGCAGUGGAUCUGCUCACCAACCACGCGGACCCCCAGCAACCGAUGCUGCCGUAA